GUUCCGGGUAGGCUCGGCUUUGGGAAGAGGCCCUGCGGAGAGGCCUCAGUUUCAGUGCAGGGAGAGUGAGGCGGCGAAGGCGGGGGCGGGCAAAGGCUAGUGCAGUCGGGAUGGGAGGGCGGUAUUCGUGACCCGGAGCAGUGCGAGGAGAGGACCGAGGAGGGGGUCGGUGAGAGAGAAGAUAGGACUCAACAGUAGCCUUCCUUGAGGACCUGCCUUUCCCAUUGCUGACUGAAGUUAAUGUUUCUUGCUGGCCAAAUCAGGGACAUGCAGGCAUUAGCGGGAUGAGUGGGUGUUCCGGCAGGGAUGUGGUCGUUGACGGCCAGUGAGGGCGAGAGUACCACAGCCCACUUCUUCCUUGGAGCUGGAGAUGAGGGGCUGGGCACCCGCGGAAUAGGCAUGAGGCCAGAAGAGAGUGACAGCGAGCUCCUUGAGGACGAGGAGGAUGAAGUGCCUCCUGAACCUCAGAUCAUUGUUGGCAUCUGUGCCAUGACCAAGAAAUCCAAGUCCAAACCAAUGACUCAAAUCCUAGAGCGACUGUGCAGAUUUGACUACCUGACCGUUAUCAUUCUGGGAGAAGAUGUAAUCCUUAAUGAACCUGUGGAAAACUGGCCAUCCUGCCACUGCCUCAUCUCUUUCCACUCCAAAGGCUUUCCUCUGGACAAAGCUGUUGCUUACUCCAAGCUUCGAAACCCCUUUCUUAUCAAUGACCUGGCCAUGCAGUAUUACAUCCAAGAUAGGAGGGAGGUGUACCGGAUCCUGCAGGAAGAGGGUAUCGAUCUGCCUCGAUAUGCUGUGCUCAACCGUGAUCCUGCUCGGCCUGAGGAAUGUAACCUAAUAGAAGGUGAAGACCAAGUAGAGGUCAAUGGAGCUGUCUUUCCCAAGCCCUUUGUGGAGAAGCCAGUGAGUGCAGAAGACCACAAUGUUUACAUCUACUACCCCAGCUCAGCUGGAGGAGGAAGCCAGCGUCUGUUUCGUAAGAUUGGCAGCCGAAGCAGCGUUUACUCUCCUGAGAGCAGCGUCCGAAAGACAGGGUCAUACAUCUACGAGGAGUUUAUGCCAACAGAUGGCACAGAUGUCAAGGUGUAUACAGUGGGGCCAGAUUAUGCCCAUGCUGAAGCUAGAAAAUCUCCAGCUUUGGAUGGGAAAGUUGAACGAGACAGUGAGGGGAAAGAGAUUCGAUAUCCAGUCAUGCUGACUGCCAUGGAAAAGCUGGUGGCCAGGAAAGUCUGCGUAGCUUUCAAGCAAACGGUUUGUGGAUUUGACCUUCUUCGUGCCAAUGGUCAUUCCUUUGUGUGUGAUGUCAAUGGCUUUAGUUUUGUCAAGAACUCAAUGAAAUACUAUGAUGAUUGUGCCAAGAUUCUGGGGAACACCAUAAUGCGGGAGCUUGCCCCACAGUUCCAAAUCCCGUGGUCCAUCCCCACAGAGGCUGAGGACAUUCCCAUUGUUCCUACCACAUCUGGCACUAUGAUGGAACUUCGUUGUGUCAUUGCAAUUAUUCGUCAUGGAGAUCGUACUCCCAAGCAGAAGAUGAAGAUGGAAGUGACACACUCAAGGUUUUUUGCUCUAUUUGAAAAACAUGGUGGCUACAAGACAGGGAAAUUGAAACUCAAGCGACCUGAGCAGCUCCAGGAGGUACUGGACAUCACAAGGCUGUUGUUGGCUGAACUGGAGAAAGAACCAGGUGGUGAGAUCGAGGAGAAGACUGGAAAACUAGAGCAGCUGAAGUCUGUAUUGGAGAUGUAUGGUCACUUCUCAGGUAUAAACCGGAAGGUGCAAUUGACUUACUACCCUCAUGGAGUAAAAGCUUCUAAUGAGGGACAAGAUCCACAAAGGGAGGCUCUGGCCCCAUCUCUGUUGCUGGUACUGAAGUGGGGUGGAGAACUGACUCCUGCUGGCCGUGUUCAGGCUGAGGAGCUGGGGCGAGCUUUUCGCUGCAUGUACCCUGGAGGACAGGGUGACUAUGCUGGCUUCCCUGGUUGUGGGCUGCUUCGUCUCCAUAGCACUUUCCGCCAUGAUCUCAAGAUCUAUGCCUCUGAUGAGGGUCGUGUCCAGAUGACUGCUGCUGCCUUUGCCAAGGGCCUUCUGGCUCUAGAAGGGGAGCUGACACCCAUUUUGGUACAAAUGGUGAAGAGUGCCAACAUGAAUGGGCUCCUGGACAGCGAUGGGGAUUCCUUGAGCAGCUGCCAGCACCGGGUAAAGGCUCGGCUGCACCAUAUUUUACAGCAGGAUGCACCCUUUGGCCCUGAGGACUACGAUCAGCUGGCUCCCACCAGAAGUACUUCCCUGCUCAACUCCAUGACUAUCAUCCAGAAUCCCGUGAAGGUCUGUGAUCAGGUAUUUGCCCUGAUCGAACACCUCACACACCAGAUCCGAGAACGAAUGCAGGACCCCAGGUCUGUAGACCUGCAACUCUACCACAGUGAAACACUAGAACUAAUGCUACAGCGUUGGAGCAAGCUGGAGCGUGACUUUCGACAGAAGAGUGGGCGCUAUGAUAUCAGUAAAAUCCCUGACAUCUAUGACUGUGUCAAGUAUGAUGUGCAGCACAAUGGGAGUCUGGGACUUCAAGGCACAGCAGAGUUGCUCCAUCUCUCUAAGGCAUUGGCUGAUGUGGUCAUUCCCCAGGAGUACGGGAUCAGUCGGGAAGAGAAACUGGAAAUUGCUGUGGGCUUCUGUCUUCCAUUGUUGCGGAAGAUACUACUUGACCUGCAGAGAACCCACGAAGAUGAGUCUGUCAACAAGCUGCAUCCCCUGUACUCCCGAGGUGUGCUCUCCCCAGGUCGCCAUGUUCGAACACGUCUCUAUUUCACCAGUGAAAGCCAUGUCCACUCCCUACUCAGUGUCUUCCGUUAUGGGGGUCUUCUUGAUGAGACCCAGGAUGCACAAUGGCAGCGAGCUUUGGAUUAUCUUAGUGCCAUCUCAGAGCUUAACUACAUGACCCAGAUUGUCAUCAUGCUUUAUGAGGACAACACACAGGAUCCCUUAUCAGAGGAACGGUUCCAUGUGGAGCUACACUUCAGCCCUGGAGUGAAAGGUGUUGAGGAAGAAGGCAGUGCCCCAGCUGGCUGUGGAUUCCGUCCAGCCUCUUCUGAGAAUGAGGAGAUGAAAACCAACCAAGGCAGUAUGGAGAACCUGUGCCCAGGAAAGGCAUCAGAUGAGCCAGACCGGGCACUGCAGACUUCACCCCAGCCUCCUGAGGGCCCUGGCCUCCCAAGGAGAUCACCCCUCAUUCGUAACCGAAAAGCUGGUUCCAUGGAGGUACUUUCUGAGACUUCAUCCUCAAGGCCUGGUGGCUACCGGCUCUUUUCAGCUUCACGGCCACCCACAGAAAUGAAGCAGAGUGGCCUAGGCUCACAGUGCACAGGGCUGUUCAGCACCACAGUGCUGGGUGGCUCCUCCAGCGCCCCGAAUCUUCAGGACUACGCCCGCAGCCAUGGCAAAAAGCUACCACCUGCCAGUCUGAAGCACCGAGAUGAGCUCUUGUUUGUCCCGGCCGUAAAACGAUUUUCUGUGUCGUUUGCAAAGCAUCCGACUAACGAGCUGCUGGAUGACCAGCACCCUGUGGUCCGGUUGCUGCGCAGUUUUUCCUCUGACUGUACAGGGGGCCGGCCAGUCUCCUUGGAUGCCACGCUGGCGCAUCACCUGCACCAGUGCUCCUACCACCUGCGCCUCUUCCGGAACUGGCUGCGCUCAGGCCAGGAUGACCCCGAGUGCCUCUACGGAUUUGAAGGGUGUUCCAUGGUGCCUACCAUCUACCCUCUGGAAACACUGCAUAAUGCCCUUUCCCUACGUCAAGUGAGUGAAUUCUUGAGUAGGGUCUGCCAGCGCCACACUGAUACCCAGGCACAGGCAUCUGCAGCCCUCUUUGAUUCCAUGCACAGCAGCCAGACCUCAGACAGCCCAUUUUCCCCACCACGUACUCUUCAUUCACCUCCCCUGCAACUCCAGCAGCGCUCUGAGAAACCCCCUUGGUACAGCAGUGGCCCUUCUAGCACUGUGUCCAGCGCUGGUCCUUCUUCCCCUACUACAGUAGAUGGUAACUCCCAGUUUGGCUUCAGUGAUCAACCCUCCCUAAAUUCACACGUGACUGAAGAACGUCAAGGCCUUGGGCUGCUCCAGGAGACCCCUGGGAAUGGAGCACAAGAGCUCUCCAUAGAAGGGGAACAAGAGCUUUUUGAACCAAAUCAGUCCUCACAGGUACCACCUGUGGAAACCAGCCAGCCAUACAACAAGGAGGUGGCUGAGGAGGUCAUUCAGCCAUGUCAGGAGGUCCCUGACAUCAGCCAGCCAUGCCAGAACAUUUCUGAGGAGCUCAGCCAGCCAUGUCAGGAGGUCCCUGACAUCAGCCAGCAAUGCCAGGAGCACCAUGACAAUGGUAACCACACAUGCCAGGAGGUCCCUCAGAUCAGCCAGCCAUGCCAGACGGCCAGUCAACUGUGCCAGAAAGUCUCUGAGGAAGUUUGCCAGCUGUGUCUGGAGAACCCUGAGGAGGUCAGCCAGCCAUGCCAGGGGGUCUCUGUGCAGGUUGACAAGCUGGUCCAUAGGUUCCAUGUAGGCGCUGGUGGCUUGGUUCAGGAAACCCUUAUAGAAGUUGGCAGGCCAGCUGAAGAGAUCCCUGAGGAGGUCAGCCAGCCGUACCCGGAGUUCUCUGUGGAGGUUGGCAGGCUGGCCCAGGAGACUUCUGCAUUCAAUCUGUUGUCUCAGGGCAUUCCUGAGAUUGAUAAACCAUCCCAAGAGUUCCCUAAGGAGAUUGAUCUGCAGGCCCAGGAGGUCCCUGAGGAGAUAAAUUAGAAGUCCUGGGUGGUUCCUGAGGUGGUUGAUCAGCUGCCUGGAGAGGGUAUUCCUCAAGCCCAGAAUCCAUCUGGUGAUCCAAACACUCAGAGGCAGUCUCUAGCCCAUGACCAGCACUCACCCUUUCCACCAGCAACAUGUAAUUAAUUUUCUCAUUAGUGGUGUCACACUAUACCAGCCAUUUGAGCCAGCAACCUUUUCUCUUGGCUAACUCGCUGGCCGGCUCUCACCAGCAGUGUCUGGGGAAGCAGUUCCCUUGGUAUGAAGCGUACCUGUGCUAGAGCUGUGCUUGAGGAGGAGCCAGUUUUAGGUUCAAAGAAGCCAUUGGCUCUUCACUUAGCCAUUAGACUUGAAUAGGAUUUCCUUGGGGUGGGUUGGUCUGUCGUUACCCAGCCUUCUCUGAGCAUCCUAGGAUAUCACAGAUUGUUAAAGGAAAUGCUGCUUCAUUGCUGAAGACACCAUCUGGGGAUAGCAAAUGCAAAAGAGGGGACUCUAGGGUCUUCACUUUUCUGGGAAAACAUUCAUGACUUCUCAAGGUACCCUUAGACCAUAUGUGCAUUCAGGGGAUUCUUGUCUUUGCCAGCACUCCUCAGGUGAGCCAGGAUGGCCAUCUGAAAUGUCUGGAAAAU